GAUACAGAACCGCGCUCCUGGGAGGCUCCGUCAUAGGUGACACCACUAUAGGCCCGGUCACCUCAGAUUCUACUGCCAGGCACAAAGCAAACCCUCUGCCAAAGAGGCUACUCACGCCAUAGCAUCCUGUCACCUCCCCCUAUACAUUAUUCAUCAUGCCGCGAACGUUUAUGGACUCUAUCCUGCAGCGGCCUAGUCAGAGGUACGCACCGGAACCCAUCGCUCCAGCUGCGCCAUCUGCAUCAGCCUCGUCCUCCAAGGGCGGCUCUGGAUCAAAGACAUGGUCAGGUCCAACAGACCUACCCAAUCGCCCAUCUGGCCCCUCUUCUCUUCGGGCCUACAACCCACCUCCCUCGUCUUCUGCAAACUCCAAUCGCCCCUCUCGUACUUAUGCCACCGGACCGCCGCCGCCAGCUCCCUCUUCCGUCGCUGACAGCCAAGGAACGACCAGGAGUCGCUUCGGCAGGAAGAAGAAGACUCAUGUGCGGAACACAUCAGAGUCUUCUUAUGGGACUGCCCCGAUGGAUGACCGCGCAUCCAAUGCCGGUUCAAAUACAACCUACAUUAAGAAGAGAUGGUGGGAAACGGGCAGUCUGAAAGGAUUCGGCAAGGGCUCCAGGAGUCGGGCAGGCAGUGUAGCUGGGGAGAGCGUCUUUUCCGAUGUUGAACCGGAAGAGCGCAACGGCGGAUUGGCUUCGCUGCAACAAAGACAGUACGGCAGCCUGCCCACUCGUAGGGGUACUCGAAGCGACUUCGGAGCUCCAACAUCACAAUCCUCCAAACCACCGCCCUUGCCCCAACAUGAUCCUGCCAUGCUCAAGGCCAUGUCCAAUGGGGGAAGGCUACAAUCGGGCGUUGCUCCCUUGGGUCAGCAGCCCCCCACUCUCAGGCGGAAUCUGUCCUCGACCGGCAGUGUCGGUAGCAACAGACAUUCUACACUGGGUCUGCCCAGCCCUUCUCUGGCUGCUCCUCAGAGCUCGGCGAAUGUACGACGAGCCAGCAGCGUGGUAGGAUCCAGCUCUGCCUCUGAUUCGGGAUGGGACGACUUUACAAAGCAGAUGGCGAAGCGCGACAUUGCCCGAUCCUGGAGUCGAGCUCCAGGCUCUGUCGGUUCAUCAGCAGGUCCCACACAGAGAUCUACUGUACUGAAUCGAGUGCAGAAGGAGUUGCAGCAGGACGCUCAAUUUGAGCAAGUCGCUAGAGAUCCUGGCGUGAUUCGGGGAGAUCUACUCGCAAGAGCGACUAGCGUCGUAGGAGGCAUUGCUCCCAUUGCCAUGCAAGAUUCUCUCGUGCCCGAGCUACCUACCAAUCUUCGUCCUGGGUCUAUUGUGGGGAUGACAAGUCUGAUGUCCCCAGAAGGACCAAGGUCGACAGCAUCCACACCGGUGCCUCUUGCAAGAGCAAUGUCGCCUGGUCCACAGUCACGGGCUAUGUCUCCUCCACCUCAGUCUCGAGCCAUGUCUCCCCCACCUCAAGCUUCUCGAGCCAUGUCUCCCCCGCCUCAAAGUAGAGCCAUGUCGCCGCCACCUCAAGCGCGUGCUCUGUCACCGCCCCCGCAGGCUAGGGUCCCCCUUCCUACACAACAGCAACAGCAGACGGCCCCUGCGCCGGCGACAUAUCAGGCCCCAGCACAGCAGCAACAGCCAUCCGCAGCGUCGCAAAAUGCGCAAAGCAUGCCGCCUCAAGAGCAGCCUGCUCAGGCGAGCAAGGUUGUUGAACCUGUUGCAUCCCAGCCUUCGGGUCAGCAGCGUCUGCCUCCCCUCCUUCAGACGUCUUCACAGGAGCCUGCUUCCGACUCCUCUUCCUCGUAUUCCGAAGAGGACGAUGCGGAAGACAACUCAUCCUCUUCCGAGGACGAACGACCGCAAACUCUCGGAGUUCUGGCAGAAGAGGAGGAGGAUGGCUCUUCGGAGGGAGGCCACGAGAUGAGGCCAGGUCCGCGAAGCACCUAUCUCCCUCGAUCUCCCGCGCGGCAGGGUUCCAGCAGCUCUCCUCAUUCGCCCACGAGGUAUGCCACAUUUGCUGCGUCGGGACAGAGAAGCGCUGGCCUGGGCAGUAGCUCCAAUGGUGGCUUUGCUGGAGUGGGAGCACGACCUGCGACUGCUGCUGUGGUGCAGGAAGGUAACACACCCGCCCCCGCGCUACCUCCCGUCCCCGCUGCAGAGCAGACCCUGGCGUCUGAACAGCGCUCACAGCCCGAGGCGCAGCCCGAGGUGCCAGUGAGAUCAGAAAAGGAAGAGGUCGCACCAGUGGUCUCUGCUGCCACGGCUGCAACAGAAGCGCCUGUUGAGGAAGAGGUGCCUGCUCCUGCGUCUGCAAAUGGCACUGCUCCCUCGCUAAGCGGUAUGUCAGAACCCACAUCGGCGGACCUCACCGCUGCCGCCUCAUCUGCAUCAGCCAACACAACAGAGACGCCUGCAGAGCGCUCUCAAGCGCCAUCAUCAGCGACGGCAGCGGUCGGAGGCGUUGCCCCCGCUCUCGUCCUUGCUUGGAAUAUGUCAGGCAAACCGCAGCCGCCUCCCCAGCCCGAGAAUGUGGCUCCCGUAGCAGAGUCGUCGAAGCCUCCGAUGACGCCUUCCAAGAGUCAGUCAUCGACUGCCACGUCUCCUCCACCAAGUACGCCUCGCCCACAACUGCCUACUCGCACUAGCUCUGUCAACCAAGCUCUAAAGAUACCACAGACCCCGCCGCUCCCUUCCUCCCAAUCCGAGGCUUUCACUUCGGCCCCCUCCUCGCCUGUCACGCCGUCCAAGCAAAACGGCUCCGCUCCCAUGUUGGGCCGAGCAACUGCCUCGGACGAGACUGGAAAAGCGGUGACCGAGGAGGUUGAUUCUUCGUCUUCCUCGUCCGACUCGGGUGAUCACUCGAGAGAUGUGGACAAUGACAGCGGAAAAGAUGGCGAGACGUCGUCGGUCAGGACAGCACAAGCUGUCAAGGCAGCUCGGGAAGACAGCCCGAAGGGCGUCAAGUUCGAGAGCGCUGCAGGCGAAGAUGAUGAUAGCAGUGACGAGAGCGUUGAGGAUCCGGCAGACGGUAUUAGUCCCUCUGGUCGGAGAAGUGCACAGGGCAAAGCCAAGGAUAUCGAUGGCCAGGCUGAUACCGCUAGCGUUGCGGAUUCAGACAGAACUGCAGAGCAGUCGACUCGCAGACCACUGGCGAGGCGCCUGUCUUCCAGCGGCUCAAUGGCCAAUUCCUUUGCCUUUUCACACUUCAUGGGCUCUAAAAUCACCGGUAAAUCUUCUUCACGGAGGAUCAAGCUGCACGAAGAUGAUUCAGACUCUGAUGGCAAUGCUUCGGGCGACGAUGAGGAGCUGAAGAAGAGGGCUCUUGUCGAGCAGAACAGGCUGAGGAGCAUGAGCGUCGGUGACGACUUCUUUGGGCCCUCCCUUGGAGAAGUCUUGCUAGCCAUUGACAACAUGGACUUCACGACGGAGACGGUCGGAAAGACCGCUGCCUUGGAGGAAGAGGCGAGAGCUCAGGGUGUCUCGGUAGAGGAGACGACUAGGGCGCAGCUUCAAGCACAGCAGAUUGUCAGCGAAGUCAGGCGAAGGAGGGCUGCAGGAGAUGUGGAUGCAGAUCACAAGACUGUCCAGAGCGAUGCCGGUGGUCUGGCCGCUAGCUUUGCUGCUCUCUGGCUUGGAAAGCCACUGAAUGGAACUGAGGCAGAGCCUGCGAGCGAACCCGCGAGCGAGCCCACGAAGAAAGUCGUGCCUACCAGCGUUUCUGCCAUUACCGACUCGCCGGCCAAUUGGGGCGGACGAUCAUCCACGUCUACUGUUACUACCCCCACUAAGCCUGCGAAGGCGGGUCAAAGUGUUCUCGACCGGCCUCGCUUCCGACCAAGCAGGUUCAAACAGAUAGGCAGCGUAGACAUUCCCUUGGGCAAAGCGCCAGCUGAGGAGCUGCAAGCACCCGUCGAUGGGCGAUCGAACGUAGAGGCCUUCUACUCCACUGGAGCCACGAGCAACCCAUCCUCUCCCGCACAAGCCAAGAAGUCGAUCGAUCUAGGCGACCAACAGCGCUCGAAAGACAAGCCUGCGCCGGCCAAGUCGGCUCUGAAGCUCCGCCCUGCCAAGUCUCUCGCCGAUACCCUCUUUAGUUUCCCGACGAAGAGCCCUGAGAAGAAGCAGGCCAAGGCUGCUCAGAGGGAAGAAAAGGAGAGGGCGAGGAGAGAUUCGCUCAAUGAGAAGGCUGCGAGGAAGGCUGCUCGCAAGGAGGAGAAGGAGUCAAAGGGAGCAGUCAAGAGCGCAGGCACCGAUUCUCCCUCUGGCAAGAAGAAGGAGAUCAGUGAGGAGGCGACACCUGCACCUGCUGAGACUGAGGCGCUUGCCUCGCCCACUCCUUCCCUCGUCAAGACGCAAGGCGAGCCAGACGCGCAGCAGAGUAGUUUCAGUCGUCAAAGCUACGAAUCAAACCCCACCAAGCCUGGCCAGUCUGCUGAUGAAGUGACCAGCUCUGCCACCGAUCUCGCUUCGCCACAGGCUCCAGUGGCCAGUGUAGAGGAGCCUGCCGUUGAUGAGCCUGCUCAGGCUUAUGAGGGUAAUGACGUUGAGCGAGGAGAGGCCGUGACUGCAGAACAAGAAGAGUCUGCUAGCCCUCUGCAAGGUCACGAAGAUGAGAAUGCUGCUCAAAUCGAGCCACAAUACGCUCCUCAACCCGAGCCUCAGUACGAGCCUCAGUACGAGCCUCAAUACGCUUCUCAACCCGAGCCUCAGUACGAGUCUCAGCCUAUGCCUCAGGCCGAGCCUCAAUACGCUUCUCAACCCGAGCCUCAGUACGAGUCUCAUCCGGCGACCCAACCCGAGCCACAGCCCGAACCUCAAUUCGGGAUGAAUAUCAUCCCACCCACUCCUCCCGUCAUCAGUGGUGCGGACGGAAGCAACUACAUGUCAUAUGGUCCAAACACGGAUCUGGCACGAUCCGCCAGCUCGGCAUCUGGAGUCUCUUCUGCGACUGCUGUACCAUCUCGUCGUAAGGGUAGCAUCCUGCAGGCUGCCGAAGCGUACGGCUUCACACUUCCUCCCGGUCUGACUGCAGAGACCAUCGCUGCUUCAAGCGAUGCCAAGCCACCGAGAACUCCCAGCUCGCGUAAAAGUGUCAGUCCACGAAGGAGCUCGAGUAGCGAUGGUGGUCAUUCGUCCUCUCGUCGCGGCUCACACGUGGACCAGCCUCCUGUCCCGGCCAUUCCUCGAGAUCUUCAACAACCGCCUGUUCCUCCCAAAGACAACGGAUCACCACGUCAACAGUCGCCAUUGAGACUUCCCAACAAUGCUUCUCUCAGCAGUAUCUCGCCACCUCCAUCGACUGGGUCAUGGGCGGGCUCUGCUGCUGCAUCGAGUGUAGGCGCAGAUGAUUCGCCAGCUCGUAGUGGUGGCUCUGGCGACUCAUCAGGCGGCAAUGCCGGCAGAUCUGACAUGUAUGGCGUGUCCAAUAUGGCUGCGUCUGAUGUGUCUGACACUCGUCGUCAGCCCGCAAGAGUUAGGACGCAGUCUAGCAAUACGCAGCUCAAUCGUCGUCCUCAUCUCAUGACUGCCAUCAAUGAGUGGGAGUCUGCUUCCCCUGUCAAUGGUUACGGAGGAAGCGGGUACACUACCCCUGCUCAGAUGUCAAGCCCUGUUGAUGCUAUCUCGCCGACUUCACGAAGCACAGGCUCAUUGAGAAACGACGACUCGGCAAGUAUUGGAAGAGUUACCCAGUAUGGAGCAGCCUCAGAGACCUACCUUCACCCACCUGUCCCACGCUCUAGGAUGACAGCAGAGGAGAAGAAGAGGCUCGCUUUCGAGGCCCAUGUCAGUGGUAGCGAUCGUGUCUACGCUGCUUCCGAGGGGGGGCACGGAGGUGGUGGUGGAAGCGAGUAUGGCGGUUCAAGGUAUGGCACAGCAAACGGAGGCAGUGUGGAUGGCCACGGCGCUCCUCGAGGCACCCAGCGGCCGAUGUCUAUCAUGUCGGGCUUCUCUGCAGCUUCGGUCCCAAUGUCGCUCGCAAGCUUGCCAACUGCGCCGACGUCUCGAUCCGUCUAUCGCCCUCAGGACCCCGUCAAAGCUGCGUCUAGUAGUACAGUUGAUGACCGCCUCUACUCUCGUACAACGAUGGCGACCAUCUCUGUGUCUUCGGGAGCAUUCGCGAACAAGCGAGGUAGCAAGGCUCGCAGCAGUAGUACUGGUCGCCCUUCAGAUGGACCGGCUCAAUCCUCUGCUGAGGCUGUGCCAGAGCAUUUGCAAGACGAGCUGGGACUGACUGUACUCAGUCUGUCUGCUCACACGCCUCCACCCCGCAAGAUUGGUAGCCACCAGAUCUUGGUGCAAAUCAUCACAGUCGCUCUUGAUGAGAUGGAUCGUAUGCUCCUACGAGACAAGGUUCGCUCUGACUCUGCCUACGGCUGGGUCCCAGGUAGAUCCUUCUGCGGUAGGGUCAUGGAGGUCGGAUGGGAGGUCAAGCGCCUCCGCAAGGGUGACAUGGUCUUUGGUCUUCAGUCCAACCGCAAGUGUGGAGCCCUGGCCGAGUUCAUGAUCAUUGAUCAUGACCUUGUCGCCAAGGCACCCGAGGACUGCUUGACUGUGGAGCAGAUUGCAGCUCUACCGGCUACCGGUGUUCUGACAUACCAGAUCGUCCAGAAUCACUGCGUGCAUCUGCCAAAGGGAGCUCGCAUUCUCAUCCUCAAUGCCCACGAUGGUAUUGGGCUGCUGACGAUGCAGGAGUGUGCCUCCCUGGGUCUCAUCAUGGUCGCCCAAUGUCCUGCCUCGAUCAGUGAUGGUCUGGCCGUUUGCGAGGCAAAUGGUGCACAUGAAGUCGUUGUAGGUGAGCCGCUAUGGGCGAUGAAUUCUCUCCACGAGUCCUCCUUCGACCUAGUCAUCGACACCAUUGGUGGACGACGUCUUUACGACGCCUCUCGCCGUAUUCUUGCCUCCGAUGGUCAAUUCGUGACCUGCUUCGGCGACGAACACAGUUCUGCCAAUCCCAACUUCCGCUCACACAUGCGUUCCCUUCGACGGACCUUUUUCAAAAAGGACAAGAAGAAUAUCCGCUACGAGUGGACUGGAUUGGAGAAUUCAGAAGACUGUAAAGAGGCAUUGGAGAAUGUGAGGGCGGUUGCUGAGAGUGGAGAUAUUUGUCCUCGACUGAGGAGUAUCUUGCCAUUUGAAGACGCCCCGCGCGCCUUUGAUCCCGUCACGAGGGGUGGUAUCGAGGAGGAACCUGGAGCGGUUGUGGUCAGGGUGUCAUAAGAGAGAUCAGAGGGAGUGAGAAUCAGAGUUGCUUUCUUUGCAAUCGAUCGAGGAGGGGAACGGCUGAGUCUCCACGACGAUGAAGCCACUAUACUAUUCUACAUUUGCUGCUUUGUCACACAAUUCCCACAUGGUUCAUGAAUCUCAUGCAAUGUCAAUCUCUUCAGGUUCUGAUUUAGUGGCAUAUUGUGCGGCUCGGACGGAGAG